GCUUCCUCCGGGCGGCGGUUGGCGCUUGUUCCUCCUCGCUGACAGGAGCCGGGGAUCGAACCGGCGGUCCUUCCUUCUUUCCCUCCCUGCCUCCCUCCCUCUUCCCCCCUACCCAACCCCGCAGCACGGGAAUGGGAGGCGGCUGAGGCUCCGACUCGGAAGCCAUGAAGACCCUCAUCGCCGCCUACUCGGGCGUCCUGCGAGACGCUGCUCCUGGAUUCAUGGAUUUGCAUGCAGGUACAGGCUCCAGCAUCCUCUCGGCGUUUCAGGAUCUGUCCUGGCUUUCCAAGUCCCAAGUUGAGAAGCAGCUGCAGGUCAUCUCGGUGCUUCAAUGGGUGCUGUCGUUCCUCAUCAUGGGUGUGGGCUGCACCGUGAUCCUCAUGUACAUUCUCUGUACAGACUGUUGGCUCCUGGCCGCUGCCUACUUGGCAUGGUUGGUGUUUGACUGGAACACUCCCAAAAAAGGUGGAAGAAGAUCGCAGUGGGUCAGAAAUUGGGCCGUGUGGAGGUAUUUCCGGGACUACUUCCCUGUACGGCUGGUAAAGACCCACAACCUGGUGACCCACAGAAAUUACAUCUUUGGCUACCACCCCCAUGGCAUUAUGGGCCUGGGUGCCUUCUGCAAUUUUAGCACGGAGGCGACCGGUAUGAGCCAGAAGUUUCCGGGGAUCCGGCCCUACCUCGCUACGUUGGCCGGGAAUUUUCGCAUGCCCAUCUUGAGGGACUACUUAAUGUCUGGGGGCAUCAUCCCGGUGAAUCGCGACACCAUUGACUAUAUACUCUCCAAGAACGGCAGCGGGAACGCCAUUGUGAUUGUGGUCGGGGGCGCCGCGGAGUCCCUGAACUGCAUCCCAGGCAAAAAUUCGGUGACCUUGAAGAACCGGAAGGGCUUUGUAAAGCUGGCGCUACGGCACGGGGCAGAUCUGGUCCCCAUCUACUCGUUUGGCGAGAAUGAGGUCUACAAGCAAGUGGUCUUUGAAGAGGGCUCCUGGGGACGAUGGGUCCAGAAGAAGUUUCAAAAAUAUGUGGGCUUCGCACCUUGCCUCUUCCACGGACGAGGCCUCUUCUCUGCCAGCAGCUGGGGCUUGGUGCCCUAUUCCAAACCCAUCACCACUGUUGUCGGGGAGCCGAUCACCAUUCCCAAAAUCGAGAACCCAAACCAGAAGGAAAUAGACUUUUAUCACAGCCUCUAUGUGAACUCUCUGAUCAGACUCUUUGAAAAGUACAAGACAAAAUUCGGCUUGGAAGAGACAGAGGUUCUGGAAAUCAAUUGACGGCGCGAAGGACGUUACUCCUCGGCGAUUUAGGCCCAUUGAAAGAGACGUUUUUUCUCGCCAGAACUUGAGUCGUUUGAGUCUGUGAAUCAGAGAAGUGAGCGUGGAUUGUGUGCGCAUGAGGUUUUUAAAAGGGUGGAAAAAAAGAAAAGAAGUCCUCUAAAGAUUUGAAACAUAAGAGCUCUCCAGAAAAACAGGGUGGCGGUGGUGGUUUCUGUUUGGCUCGUCUGUGACCCAUACAUCCUGUUCUAUCGCCACACAGAGGGUUCCCCAUGGGCCUCUUAAUGGGAAAUUAAAAGCGAAAGGCACAUAUUUGCUUUUUAGACCCCGUGUCGUUCACGGUAGAACACAGGAGCCCAGAACCAGAAUUAGAGCAGCUUUUAAUCUUCGAGGGUACUUCCAUUCCAACAAUUGGGUCUAGUCGCUCAAUCUUGCCUGGUUUUAGCUGGCCGCCUGCAGAUCUCCUGCCCCUGAGAUCUUUUUAAUUGGAGAUUCCAGGAGUUGGCCUUAGAACCUUCUGCCUGGUAGGGGAAACCCUUGCAAACUUCUUAACAUCUGAGGGCCGAAAGAAGGCAGAUCACGGGCAUGAUCCUGCUCCCCUGUGGUAGGACCAUAUAAUGCAGGAAAAAUACUAUUAGGAUUCCUCGUAGUGUCAGAUUUUCAAGUCUUGUAGGCUGCAGCAUUGGCACCUCCCCAAAUAUUUAGCUUGCGUUGGUACUGCUAUUAAUUCUAAUGUACCAGAACUGAUUUUCAGACACCGUGACAUAGCUCAAGGGGAUUUCUGGCCAACCCUAAGCCCUCCAGGAAGCACAAGCAAUGCAAAUUCUAUAAUUUUCUCCCGCCCGGCCCUAUCCUGUUUGCACUUUGUUAAGAACCAAAGACACAUACACGCUCUGAAAAGAGACCUUGUUCAGUUAGUUGAUCCUCACAAAUAUCUUUGCAUUGGCCUUUCUUCUCCUGUUUUCUCUUGUGAGAAAGAAUCCGACUCUUUUAGAAGAUGGUACCUGCCCCGUUAUAUAUCACGUACGAAAAUCCUGUAUUAAAGCACAGUGGGGUGCUAGCGUUUGGCCAGUGCAACUCUGUGAUUCCAAAAACAAAAGGCCACUACGUUUAUUUUGUGUGUGUGCGUGCACACAGGGAAGAAUGAAGAGGGAUAUAUGACAGUGCUGCCAAAUGUUUUCUCGAGGAAGGUUUCUGUGCUUUCAGCAGAUGCGCGACAGGGAGAAUUUACGUCGUCUUUUUCCUAAGAAAAGAAAAUCAACCUCCGUCUCUUUCUCCUUAUCCCGCUUGCUGUGACUGAAAUCCCAUUGCACCAACUAUGUGGGCAAUGCAAAGCUUUAGAAGUGUUGGGGAGGAGUGGAAAUCAUGGUGCAGUGGAAGGUGAGCCAUGGAGUCUUUCCACAGGUGUGUUGUGGAGCAGCCCCAGUGUGGACCACGCAACGGUUUGUGCCACCGCACUGUGAAGGGUGUGCUCGGGAACCAUGCGGUCCAUUGUGCAGCUGCAGCACGAGUUGCACAGCCACAGUGCGAAGUUGCACGAAUCGUGUGUGCCAUGCUGACUCCUGGACGGAACCCAUUUCCACCGAUGCAGCUUUUUACACGGUGCAGGCGUGAACAGGAUUUCAGCCUGUGACUUGUUAACCUUACUUUGUCACUGAUAAACUUUAUCUUAACCAAAGACCUCAGUUGUCCAAAGAUCUUCUGUUCCUUAAGAUGUUCCUGCCUUUUCUUCCUUUUGUAUGGAACUCUCUCUAGCGCACUGGUGUAUUGUCCCCUUCCUCUACCACCUCUUGAUUCCUCUGUAUUGCAGUAAAGCCUCUGCCCCGGCUCUUUAGACUUCCUCUGCAGCUUGAAAGGAAGUCCAGUUAUGUGCAACUCAACUUCCUUCCUUCCACCAUCAGUUCCUUCCUUCCACCCUUCCUUCCUCUCCACUGUCACUGUUGGGAUUACUAAAUGUGUCCGGACAGGGAAGUGUCUCUGUGGCUAAUCUUACUUUCGAAAAUGGCUGCUUGAUACUUCGAAUACUCCCUCUUGAGUAGUAUCGUCCCUCUCUGUGUAUCCGUUCAAGCAGGGGUGGGCAACACAUAGCCGUCCGUCUCCCCAACACACACCACUGGAAUUUGGUAGCAAAUGGCAGAAUUCCACUGAAGGAAGCAGUGAGAUUGUACAGUGUGCCAUUAACGCUUGGAAGCCAACCGUGUGUGUGUGGGGGAAAAUAAGUGUUUCUUGCUUUUGUGGAAUAUAUCCCACAGUAAGUCUACAGGCAGGGGACACAAAAUGGGGUCCCAGACCUUCUGGUUACCCGCUCGUGCAGUACAGGAGAUUCCACCCCCCCGGACCGAAACUGGCCGUCAGAAUCUGUGCUGAAGUCUACCAGGAGUCUCCGUAGAAAAAGCGUUUUGUGAGAACGAGGCCGAGCUAUAACUCUGGAAAUACCUGUGUGUGUGUGUGUGUGUUUUUAAAAGAAAAUGACAGUGAUGAUCCACUCAGCGAUGAAUGUAUAUAACAUAGCUCUUCUGCUGCGCAAUGUAUUGACUAUUUUGUAAAUGUUUACAUGGAUAUUAACUGAAGCUAUACAGAGAACAUAUUCAGAGCCCCAUGGGAGUGCAUACAGACACAUGCAUAUAUAAAAAAUGUUUUGCACUAAUGCAUGUUUAACCCGCCGCCUUCAUUUGUUUUAAUUGUUGAUAAAGAUCCAAGCCCUAAUAGUGCCUUUGGGUGAUGCAGAAAUCCAGGGCUUCUGGUCUCCCUGUGAUCGUAAAAUGUACAGAAAAAAAAGCUCCAACUUUUGGGUGUUUCAUGGACUAUUGUACAUGGGGGGGGGGAAAUAAUUUUGUACAAAUUUAUAGAAAUAA